GUUAUUUACACUUCUUUCUUUCUUUAUAUAUAUACUCCUUUUAUACCUUUUUUUUUCCUUUUUUUUUUCUUCUUAUUAUUGAUACCCACUUUUUAUAUAUAUAUGAAGCGCGUAUUAUAUUAUGGUUUAAUUCUGUGGUGGUUUAUUCAGUACAGUUUACAACAAGAUACUUCUGACGAUGGAAAUGACGACGACGAUAGUUGUGCUUACAUCUCUGGUCAAAAUUGUGACAACAAUGGUAUUUGCAAGUAUUGUGCCAUGUGUCUUCAAAGUUCUUGUAUUUUAAGCAAAUCCAUUACCUCUAAUCGUAACACACCAAUAUGCAACGCUACACAAUUUGGAACAACGAACAUAUAUGACUGGUACGGUUAUUGUUUAUCAAGUGGAAACGACAAUAGUGGAGAUUAUUGUGCAACAAGUUCAGAAUGUUAUCAAUAUCGAAGAAACAGUAAUGCAUCUACUAAUUAUAUAUGGCAAAGUUUAACUUGUGAUCCAAACAGUUGUCUACUUGUUACUGAUAAUGGUCAACCUGCUCCUACUCCUGGUGCCCUUCCACCAAAUGACGAUUCUUCUUCUUCUUCUUCUAAUCAAUAUAAUCCUGUUUCUUCUCAUCAUAUCCCACAACCACCAACAUCUCAUUCUGAAUCUGAAGAACACAAUCCUACUGCCAUUGCUCUUUCUGUUACUUGUACUUUGAUUUUUGUUGGUAUAUUGGCUUGGCUUUUUCGACUUUGGAAACGCUCUAGAUAUUGGCCUCCUCCUUUUCUCAAACAAAUAUUACCUUCUUCUACAUCAUCAUCAUCAACCCAUUCCAUUCCUAAUUCAGCACCACCUUCUUUUAGAUCUACAACAAUACCGGAAAUGACAUGUGUUACAACUUCUAUUGAAGGAAGAAGACAACAACAACAACAACAACAACAACAACAACAACAAUCCAAUUCUUCUAUUCGAUCAUCAUCUAGAUCAUCUAGAGGUGGUGAGCCUUUACCUUCUUAUUUUAGUCCUGAUCCUUCUCCACCAAAAUAUGAACAUGCCAUUGUUACUCAAAUAAGAGGAUUAUUAGAAGAAAGUCACUAUCAUCGUUAUCAAACAGGUGCUUCAUCAUCAUCUAUGGAUUGGGAUAAUCAACAUUAUGAAAGCAACUAUGACGACAACGAUAGUAUGACGAUGGAUCAUCAUAGAAACGCAUUACCACCACCAAUGUGGGUUCCAGUUUAUUUUGCACCAAAUCAUUCCUCUUUUUCUCUUGGAAGAUUACGUCGUCAUCCGCAUCAUCAACCUAUGGUUCAACGUACAACAUCAACUUCUGAUAAUCUAUUCGAUGAUCAACACUCAUUAUCGGAUGAAAUGGAUUUAGGAUCAAAUGAUAGGAAUCAUCAAUAAAUGAACAAAGAGAAAAAAAAACAAUCAACGUGGCUAUGAUGGAAUGUUCCCCCUUUCCUUUUUUUUUU